AUCAAAUGGAAUUUGUGUCACCGAAGGACCUUGCUUUGGAAACUCAUUAUGAGAAAGAUGGAUAAGUUUGCCUAAGUACAUUGAAAUAUGGUAAUUUACGACUUUGAUUUUCAAUGAGUUCUUUCAGUUCUGAGUAAGUUAAUGUGAUCUUGCGUUGAGCAAUUAACUACGAGUUUAAAAAAUGCGAUAAACCAAAAGUCGAGAUAAACACAAGUCAAUUCAAAACACGCUAUGAACUUUUAAAAAAGUACUUCAAAUACUAAAUACUGCAGUGCCGGUGUUCAAUACUAAAUAAACGACAAAAAUAAUAUGUAGCGUUCCAACGACAUUGCAUAAAUAUAAAAUAGUAAUAACAACGAGAACAACGAGAAAAAGAAGGAUACUAACAACAACAGCAACAUAUUAUUAAACGAUCUAUAGGUCUAUUUCGUGUCCAAUAAAUUGCACAACUUAUCAGAAAUCAUAAAGUUAUCGGUCAUGCUAUUAUUCUCAACUUGGAUUCCCGUGGAUGUAGGAUAGAAUAGGGAAGGAUUCACGGCCAGGAGAAACGAGGAUUUCGGUUUCAUGUCUGCGAAGCUAGGAAUUUAUAAUUGAAUUUGAAUUUACCUUUGUUUUUAAGAUUGUAAUCAUAAUCUGCCAAUGACUAUGAUUUCGAACACCAGGGAGGAUAUGUGAUAUCGCCGUGUUUGAGGAAUAAUCGAAGAUCUGUUUUGCAAUUCAGAUUGAGCGUGACACCGAUCACUCGCACAAAGUGACUAUCCACCUUAGACUUUUGAAACAGGAAUUGCAACACUCUUUUUCGAACUUGGACUUCCGGGAUUAGGGAUGAUGAGGGAACUCGUUAAUAUCAAUGAAGACAUUCUGCAAACGCUUCCAGUUUUUGGCAUGGAUUUUAAUCAUCCGCAAGGACUAAUUAACUAUCUUUGGGCAGAACACGUGCGCAAAUACAAGAGGACGGGUUAAUUGCAAUCCACGCACCUUUGAAAAACCGGCUUUUGUACGCUUUGCAAUACAAAGAUGAAACGAAACUUGACCGUUGAGCGUUAUAGCCCAUGAAACCUAAAAUCGAGCCUCUAGCUAGAUUAAAAAUUGAUGAAUGUUUCAUAUAUAUUGCAUUCGGAAAAAACUGUUGUCUGCUCGUUACGUGGUGGUUUUCAAUUUUGCGAACGAUGAAAACGGCGAGAAUUUGUCGAGUUCGCCAUUGGAAGUUUGAGGCUUGUGACCAAACAAUCAAAACUUGACUUCACCCAUGCGCGACGUUAUUAAUAUGACGUAACAAAAGUAGGUAGCAACAGCACUACGUAGGACUGUUAGCAACGAAAAUCCUAGUUUGGCGUUUAUUCUGAGCGGAAGAACUAGCGGAAAUUGUAUAACGGCAGUUGUCUGUUAAACGACAAUUUCGUGAUUAUUUUUCCUCCUGAGGUUGUAACGUGCGGUAUUUUAAUAAAAUGGAGGUUGAGAAGAGGCACUCUGUUAGUCGAGCACUGAUUUUCGACACACCAGCAGAACCAUUAACGCCUAUUAUUAGUAUUAGUAAAAAGGUGCCUGAUUCGUCUAUAAUGGAAAACAUGUCAAAUUUUUGGACACCAAUCCGUGGUGAAUUGGACAAUAUAUGCGGCUUACCGAGAAAAACAUCAACUGUGAAUCCAUUGUGGCUCCAGUCUACCGAAACAACAAGUGCAAAAAGUAAUAGCACUGGUGCGUCACAAUCCGACGAAGCAGGUGUGGAACAGCCAAGGAAAAAGAGAAAAUAUACAAAGAGGAAAAAGACAUAUAAUUCAGCUAUCCAAUACGACGGUGGAAAUAUAUUGCCUGACCAUUUAGCGGAUUUCAUAUUGGAGGAAGAGGCUGAUAAUGUUACCAGAAAAAUAUCGGACCACGAAUAUGAAAUGUGUCUUCAUUGGCUCACGAGCAGCGUUUGCAGAAAAUCACAAAUGUCCAAAGUUUGCAAGAUCCUCGGCUUUCUUCGUACACCAGCGUCUCGGAAGCCAAAACGGAAAUAUAGGAAAAGAAACAUGAUUACACUAACUUCUGUCGACAAAACGAACUUUCCGUAUUCAACUGCGAACGCUCACUCGACACCUGCACAAGCGGAAAUAUCGUUCACUGACAUUAACUCAGCGACGAAAAGUUCGGCAAUGUUUUCAGAACACUCUAUUUGCAUUUGAUGUAAUUAAUAUUCGUUCCAUUUUACCAUACUUCUCUAUUAUUUUUUACUAGUCGAAUGCCUGACUUUUUAUAUUAUUUUACUCGUAGCACAAAUACGGCCUGCCCAGUGCGCUCUGUUUCCAAUGAAAUAUUGAAUAAACCAAUUUCAUCUAUUCCGGUGCGGCUCAUCGCGCUAAGCGUUGGGAAUACGCUCGUCACUGCACUUUUGAUUACUCUGCGUGGGUUCACAGGUUUGAAUCCCAUGCGGGGAUAAUUAUGUGCGAGAGGAUUGCUGGACUCCUCGUCGUCGUAGGGUGGUUCACGUAACCGCUGGUCGGUUACGGCUUCCUCCACCAUCAAGUUCAUGCUGCCGAAAACAAAUAACCAACUAAUCCCAUACCCGACUUGGAAUGGUAACUUGACGAGAUGCCGUGUGGUUCCCCGUCUUAUUGGCUUUCUCUCCCCCGUGUUAAAUAUGUAAAUCCUA